GUUGACUGAGGCUUACAGUCUGCAGCUGCAGCCGGUUGCAUCUGAUGCAGUUGAAGAGAAUCUGCUGGGUUCAGUGUUCGGCUCAGACAGAGCAGAGAGUCUAAUGACCGAGCUCAAUGCCACCGUGAGGAACAGGGAGUUACUGCACAGCCAGCUGCUGCAGAGGAAAGGAAGACUGCAGGGUUUGAUCUCAAGGACAAAGGACUUUGGGGACACCUACGAGUCAAUCAGGAACAAGCUGACCCUGCUGAGGAACAGGCCCGACUCAACGAACGGCCUCGCAGGCACAGAUAUACUGGCCAAGAAGAGCCAUUCAGACCAGCUACGGGUGAUCAAGAAGGACUUGAAGGACUGUGAGGCCCACAUCACAGCUCUGGAGACUCUGGUGUCAUCUAGCUCCGCUAACAGGACCCAGUUUGAGAUGCUGUACGGGGACUGGAGGAUCCUUUACAAGGCCAUCAGGGUGAAGGUGAAGGAGAGUGAGGAAUGCACCGGGGAGCACGAGAGUUUCCUCGAGAGCCUGCUGAACGUGGAGAAGUGGCUGAUGAUUAUGAGGCAGAAGCUGGAGUCCUACCGCAGUUCUGCUGGGAAGUGGAGCGUGGACAACAGACAGCACGAGGCUGAGAGGGCACUAGGUGAGUUCCCAGAGAAGGAGCUGCAGCUGCACCAGACAGAGGUGCAGGGCCAGGGGGUGCUGGAGAGGACCUCUGAAGAGGGCCGGGUGCACAUCCUCAGGGACAUGAAGCACCUGAGGGAGUCCUGGAUGGCCCUCCAUGACCUCAGCCUCAACCUCUUCAGGCUGCUGAAUGGGCACAGCUCUGAGGACCCUGACUCAGACACCCAGAGGGAGAUGGUGAGAAGCCAGGCUGGGGAGAGGCCAGGCCCAGCCAGGGAGCUUUUUCCUGGGGAGGGAGGAGACAUGAUCAAGGGUAGAGGCUCCAGCAGCAGUAGGGAGGGUGCUCCAGAGGGAUCCCCAGGAGAGGGCCAUGGGGUCUGGCUCUCUCAGAGCUCUGGGGUGGGGGCUGUGAGAGGGGGAAGAACAGGGUCAGGAGGAAGGGUGGAGCAAGGGGAAGGAGGGGAGAGUUGUGGAGCAGAAGAGGGUAUUUGGGUCGAGGGAGGGUUCGAGGGCAGUGUGGAGGGUAUGGAUCUCUCUGAACAUGGGGAGAGACAGGGCAGUGAUCGACAGACUCUUGGUCAACAACUGAGUCCUAUGACGUUAACCUUGGGGGGCAGUCAGAGACGAGCACAGGACAAUGUGAGUGGAAGCAGGGACAGGGAAAGGGAAAGGGAGAAGGAGAGGGGUGGCGGUGAGCACAGCCUGGGUGUAGAGGAGGUGGACUCCAUCGUUUGGAGAGGGGGGUACGGUCAGGGAGGAGAGGAGGAGACCAGAGAGGGAACCACAGGGAUGACAUCAGGCCACACAGGAGGCAGAAGCACCCAGGGUGGAGGAGGAGGGGUGGUGGUGGGGGGCUCUGGGUCCAGGAGUAGCGGGUUAGUGGGGGACUCUGGCUCCAGGGUUAGCGGUUCUGGCUCCAGGGUUAGUGGGUUAGUGGGGGACUCUGGCUCCAGGGUUAGUGGGUUAGUGGGGGACUCUGGCUCCAGGGUUAACGAUUUAGUGGGGGACUCUGGCUCCAGGGUUAGCAGUUCUGGCUCCAGGGUUAGCGGGUUAGUGGGGGACUCUGGCUCCAGGGUUAACGGUUUAGUGGGGGACUCUGGCUCCAGGGUUAGCGGUUCUGGCUCCAGGGUUAGCGGGUUAGUGGGGGACUCUGGCUCCAGGGUUAACGGUUUAGUGGGGGACUCUGGCUCCAGGGUUAGCGGUUCUGGCUCCAGGGGUAGUGGUGUGGUGGGGGUGUCUGGGUCCAGCAGUAGCGGGCGGACAGAGGAGUGGGUGGACGAGCAGAGGUCCAGAGGGAUGGCUGAACCCCUGGCCAUGGAGGUAGACAUUGGGUUAGGGUCAGGCUCAGGGCUAGGGCACGGCAGCAGAGGCAACUACGAAGAGGGAACAGGUGAAAUGAGAGACCACAGUGGAGGGGGAGGGGGACACCUGCGACACAGAGGCUCCUUCCCAUCUAUCAAGACCAGGAUGGAAGAUUCAGUCAUGGAGGGUUACACUCUGUCAUCCCAGCAAGGCUCUGCUAGAAAAACCUCUGGAGGGCUACAGGGCUCAUGUCACCACACCACGGCAAGUGUUGGGGCAACCCUGAGUGUAGGGGACUAUGAGGACAGGAGGAGGGAGUUUGAGGCCUGGCUACGAAAGGAGAACGAUACACUCUCAGGGAUUCUCAACACAGAGGGACCGUUGAGCACCAAAGAACUCAAGAUCAGGCAGAACACACUCAUGUCCUUGCGGUCCAGUGUGGACUGGGGUCAGGAGCAGUUCCAGCUACUGCUGAUGGCUUGGCCUGUAGCCGGGGCCAGGGCUGACCGUGGGGCUGAGGAUGUGGGCAUGGAGGAGAUACGUUAUCGCUGGAUGAUCUACAAGUCCAAACUGAAGGACGUUGGAGACCUCAAGGCCCUGUUGAAUGUCAAGCAGGGUGCUGUUGGACGAGAGGAACACACCAGGACAGCUAAGAAGAAGACUCCAGGCCUGCUGUACCGUGUGUGUUGGGUGGCCCUGCCCCUCUGGCUCCUGCUGUUGGCUCUACUCCUCUUCGCAUUCUUCCUGCCCUGGAUGGACGAAGGCUCCAGCUGCUCUCUGUCCAACAACUUUGCCCGCUCCUUCAACAUCAUGCUCCGCUACGACGGACCUCCACCCACAUAGGAGAGGAGAUAUAGGAUUAUGAAGUCCAUUCCGCUUCACCCUCGAUCCAUUCUGUGUGUGUGUGUGUGUGUGUUAGUUUGGGUCAGUUAGUGUGUGAGUGCGUUUCUGCUGUAUGUGUGGGUUGGUGACCUCAGCUGUUUCCACCUGUUCCUUUUGAUUCAAGCUGUUCUCCAUUCUGCAACUCACAUGGUCAGGCCAAUUCAGCUCCCCUAUCACUCAGGCAGGCAGCACUUCUAUCCAUCCAUCCAUCCAUCCGCAGAGCGCUCCACACUCCUAUUCACAGUACCACGGUAGCUAAUGGCCACCAAACAGUUGUUGGAGUAGAGAGCGGAGAUGAUGUGGGAUAAGGAGGUGGAUUUUUAUUGCCUUUAUUUAAAGGGUGAAAUUAUGCUUACAUGGUCUUAGAAAAUAACUGCGUAUGAUCGAUCAUAUACCAAAAAUACCUAUCAUGGCUUACUAGCGUUUUAAAGACUGGUGUGGAUGUGGAUAAUACUUUUAAACUGCUUUUAACCCUCACAAAUUACGUUAUGCUUUUUUUCCUUUUUGCAUGAUUGUAAGAUGUUUUUAAAGCUUUAUUUUUAACCUGUACAGUCGUGGUCAAAUGUUUUGAGAAUGACACAAAUAUUAAUUUUCACAAAGUCUGCUGCCUCAGUUUU